UGCGUCACGUGAUCUUGCUCGUGACGUGUCUGCUGCGUGGUGGUGAGAGGGGCCGUUCCAGGAAGUGGCGGCGUGGAGUGAUCGCGAGGCAUUACCAUAGAGUGUCUGGCGGCGGGGCAGCGGUUAGUGAAGAAUACCUUAGCGAACCAUCAAAGACGAAAUAAGAGAAGUUACGCAUGGAGGUGUGGUGCUACCCGUGUUUACUGAUUUUUAUGAUGCCUGUGCCUGGUAGUGCAGACGGGCAAGAAAAUGCCACGGACGUUACAGUCAGUACUUCAACAGUUCCCACAAAUUCUUCGAUCACAAAGCCUACCCAGUUAUCCUUCUGGGGCAACUUUGAAAUGAUGCAGCGAGCCUUCUAUGUACUCAUUGGAAUCAGCUUGUUGGCUGUGCUCUACUUUGUGAUUCGGACUUGCAGCUUAAAAAAGAAGCCACAGAGGAAGAAGUAUGGACUUCUCUCAGAUUAUGAUGAAACUAUGGAAUUGGGAUCCAUGGACAGCGAUGAAGAGAAAAUUUUUGAAUCAAGAGGUUUAAGAAGGUGAUUAGUAAAGUUGUAAAUCUGGGAUCACUAACCACAACGAAGCCCUGUCUUUCUGUCCUUGUGAUGACACAGACUGGUUCCCUCGGGAUCUAUGUUUUGAGGGGAUACGAGCUUGGGUGACCAAAUUUAUGCUUACAUUAACUACUGCCACUGGAAAAGCCUGACUGAUUUGGGCCUUUGAUGGUUUUUAUUCUGCUGCGUUGAAAUCCACAGUAAAGACUUAAAAAGAAUAUGUGGCUCUCUCUGGCCUUUGCACAAAAUGUACAUUCCAUUUUCACAGUACGGACUAAUAUUGUCUAACUUGGACUUGCAGCUAUUAAUGGUUAAAUAACAAGUGCUUUCCUUUUUACCUUCUCAACACAAAGUAUGUUGAUAAACCAGGUAAUAUGGUUUUGCUGCCAGGGAGUUUGGCAAAUAUGCAAGUCCUCACUCAUCCUGUGCUACUAAUUUUCCAUGUCGUGCAGGAUAUUUUGUAACAAACAUUUAUUUUUCCACUGUGCCUUUUUGUAUAUGAAUAAAACAUUGUUUAAUCUGGA